AUGGCUGUGAAGGGGAAGACUGGACAAGCUGCAGCAGCGAAGGCUGCAACAGCAGCAGCUGCAGCAGCAGCUGCUGCGCGCCCUCAAGAGAUUGGGCCCCGAAGGUUGGGCGCUCCUGCUGUUGAUGCAGCAGAGAAUGCUGCUGAUGCUGCUGCUGUUCCUUUCAGGUGCUGCAUUGCUGCUAUAGUGGCACAGCCGGGGGCCGGCCUCCCGAGCAGCACCCCUUCGUCUGCAACUGCUGCUUCUGCUGCUGCUGCUGCAGCGUCUGCUGCUGCUGCUGUUGCUGGAGAUGCUGGGAAGGGCAGCCCUGCUGCUGAGGAGCAGGAAGCAGUUGACUGCUCCGCUUUGCUGCUGGCUGCAGCAGAAGCAGCAGACGCGAGAGCAGAAAGCCCUGCCCCUUCUUCCGGCCCUCGCGGCUGCCGCGUUGUGAUUGCAUGCGAAGAAGAGGUCUUCGCUUACGCCAAGAGGAAUUCUUUGCUGAGCGACAAUAAAGCAAAGGCCCUUGCAGACAUUGCCCCUGGGGAAGUCGCUCGAGUGAUAUCCGUGUUGGUGAAAGAGUAUGAAUCGGCAAUAAGACAAACAAAGGCGAAUGCUUUGGCGCAGCAGCAGCAGCAACAACAACAACAACAGCAGCAGCAGGCAGAAACAGCAGCAGCAGCGGCAGCAGCGGCAGCAGCAAAGGAGCCCCUGGACCUGCUGCUGUGUCUAUGGGGUUUUAGCUGGCAGCCGCAGCUGCUGCUGUCCUUAGAGGCAGCAGAUUUAGGCUUAGAUUUUUUUCUUCUUGUUGCUGCUGCUCGCCCGGAGGAAGCAGCAGCAGCAUUUGCUGCAGCACAAAGCAGCAGCAUUGCUGCUGUCAUCACUGCAGCAGAAGCAAAAGAUCCCAAAAUCGCUGUAGAUAUACUCGCCCUCCAGGACUGCACCAAGAGACACCAGGAAACCCCCGAUUUGUUUCUGAAUCGGCUUGUUGCUGCUGCUGAGGAGGUCAGCAGACACCGCGAGGUGUACAGGCAGUACCAGCAGACAAUCCCUGUCUUGUCUUUUAAGGCGCUGCAGCGGGAAGCAGCAGCAGCAGCAGAAGCUGCUGCUGCUGCUGCGGCUGCUGCUGCGCCUUCUUCCGCCUCCGGUACUACAAAAACAAGCGCAGCUCAGCAGCAGCAGCAGCAAAAGCGGCAGGGAGCCAAACGGGAAGGGGCUGAAGCAGCAGCAGCUGCCGAGCACGCUGCUGCUGCUGCUGCUGCUGCUGCACCCUCUGCAGCAAACAAAGAAGAAGAAAAGCCCCAGGUUUAUUUGUCUCUUGCGGAUUCUGUCCCUCCUGAGGAGACAUCUGUGAGUUUGCUGCUGCACUGUUUGCUGCAGCAAGCAGCAGCAGACGCAGCUGCAAGGCGGAAGCAGUCUGCUGCAGCCGUUCUCGCUGAGAAGACCACGGAGGACUGUGAGCAGCAGCAGCAGCAGCAGCAGCAGCAGCACGCUGAACAGGAGCAGCAGCAGCAGGAGCAGCAGAAGGAGCAGCCUACGGAUGGGGGAUCGUGUGGGAUCGUCUCCAAUCCCGAUCCCAGUAGCCUAGCAGCAGCAGCAGCAGAAAUUGAAGCAUCAGAAGCCUCUAUUCCUGUUGCGUAUCUGCAGCAACUGCAGCAGCACAGGAGACCCCUCCUGCGGCAGAUGGCGCUGCAGUGCCGUGUGUAUGGAUUCUUUCCUCACAUGGCGGAGCCUCAAGUUGAGCAUUUGCUGCAGCUGCUGUCGCUGCAGCAGCUGCUUGCUGCUGUGGGGCGGGGCUCUACUCCCGAGUGUCUGGGCAGCACCCGAUGCGUCCGGGAGACGAUCCCAGGGGAUCGGUUUCCCCACAUCCUCGGCUGUCUCCUCCGCAGCGGAGAAUAUACACUCGAAGGCACCCUGCUGCAACGCACAGGAACCUUGCUGCUAGCGGUCUUCCAUAGGGCAACGAGCAGCAGCACAUCUCGGGGGUGUUGGCGGGGUGUAUCGUCAGCUCCACUGAGGAGUUUUAGAGUGUGGAGGUCUCUGUACAAAUCUUCAAAGGCCAGCAGUUUAUUAAAAUGUUUAUUAGAUUUACCAGCAGAGACCCACGGAGCGCUGCGCUCUCAAAAAGGUGCUGCUGCUGCUGUGGCUGAGGCGGAGGCAGCAGCAGCAGCAGCAGCGGCGGCAGCAGCAGCAGCAGCAGCAGCAGCGACACCAUUAUCAACGAGGGAGUGGAAAGACUGCCGCGUGCUGCUGCCCGAAGCAAGUUGCUCUUUAAGAAGAGACAACUGUCUCCUGGAUAACUGCAGCAGCUGGGCUGCAGCAAUAGCCUCUCUGCGACAGAAGCAGCAGCAGCAGCAACAGCAGCAGCAGCAGCAACAACAACAAUCUCAGCACCAGCAACAGCAGCAGCAGCACCAGCAGCACCAGCAGCAGCAGCAGCAGCAACAGCAGCAGCAGCAGCAGCAGCAGCAGCAAGAUGCGGACAAACGCCAUCCGUUGCCCUCGUUAGAGACACUAGAAAGAGCUUCUGAGCUGUGUGCUGCAGCAGAGAAGAUAGCGAAGCAGCAACUGUCUCUUUUUGCUGCUGAGUUGCAAGGAGGUUGCCGCCUUGUUGUUCGUCUUACUGCUGCUUCGCUCUUGGGGUAUCUGCAGCAGCAGUUGCAGCAGCAGAGCGCAGCAGCAGCAGAGUGCUGUGCAGAGGAACCGGAACAGCAGCAGCAGAAACAACAGCAGCAAGCUGCCCAGCAGCAGCAGCAAGAACAGCAACAGCAACAGCAACAGCGGCAGCAGCAACAGCAGCAGCAGCAGCAAAAGCCACCAUCACAGCAAGCACGACAGCAGCAGCAGCAACGAAAAAGCAAGCAGCAGCAGCCGGACGUUCAGCAGCAGCAAGACAUGCAGCAGCAGCCAGAGGGUCAGGAGCAGCAAGAUCAACAGCAGCAGCAGCAGCAGCAAGACCAGCAGCAGCAGCAGCAGCAGCAAGAUGCUCUGCCGCAAAGGAAGCCUGAAGCAGGGCCUCAUACAAACCCCCUUUUGGGGGUCCUUGUGGAGAUUUCAAGCCCCAGUGGUCGGCUGCUGCAGGUGUCUCCUGAUGGGUCUCUGUGGCAGCAAAACCCUCAAGAGCUGUCUCGCGAGAUUGCUGCUUCUUGGAGGCUUGCGGAGGCUGCAGCGCAGCAGCAGGAAGCAGCAGCAGCAGCAGCAGCAGCAACAGAGGGAGCGGCAGCAGCGGCAACCUCGGCAGCAGCACCUGCAGCAGCAGCAGUAGCUGCUGCAGCAGGCCCGGGAGUAUCAAAUGGAGCCUCAUCAGCUGCAGCAGCCUCCGCAGCAGCAGCCUCUGCAGCAGGGGGCGCUGGAGCACCACCCACAGCAGCAGUAGGAGCACCAGCAGCAGCAGCAGCAGCAGCAGAUGAGAAGGGUUUGCCUGCAGGUCUACGCUUAGGGGCCUCUCGCCUUUGGUUUGGCUGCAGUGAAGACGCUGAGAACGGAGACUACUUGUCUCGAGUGCCUCUGAAGGCUGAGUUUGCUGCUAGCUGCAGCAGGCGUCGGGUGUCUCCUUUGAUAGAGAGGUUGGGGUCUCUCUACGAUCUGCUGCCGCAGCAAGCAGCAAACAACCCGCUGCUGCUGCCUGCUGCUGUUCUUAGCGAUCCCUUCGACUUAGCUGGCAGCUCGGAUAUUGCUGCCGAGGGAGACGAAGUGAAUGAGAUGUCUUAUCUGCUGUCUCUCGCGUCUGCAGAGACAGCAACAGCACCAGCAGCAGGAGCAGCAGCAGCAGCAGCAGCAGCAGCAGGGGAGUGGCAGCAAUACGCGCUGCCGCCGACUUCUGUUGGCGUUCAUACAGAAGGAGAGAGGGAGUGUGAGGUUUCUCGAUUACUUAUCUUGACGGGGGUAUUAUUCUUCAAAGCCAGCAGCCGCACCUGCAGCAGCAGUCGCACCUGCAGCAGCAGCGGCAAAAGCUGCUGCAGCUGCAGCCGCUGCAGGCGCAGGCUCAGCAGCAGCAGUCGCCGCCGCCGCUGCCGCUGCAGCCGCAGGCUCAGCAGCAGCAGCAACAGCGAGAACCCCAGCAGCAGCAUCAGCCCCAGCAGCAGCAGCCCCAGCAGUAGCAGUAGCAGCAGUAGCAGCAGCAGCCCCAGCAGUAGCAGCAGCAGCAGCAGCAGCAGCAACAUCAUUUCCACAGCAGCAGCAGCAGGGGCAGCAGUAGCUGAUGCUGCUGCAGGAGCAGGAACACGAGGAGGAGCAGUAGCAGCAACAGGAGCAGCGAAAGCUGCAGCAGCAGCGGCUCUUGCUGCUGCUGCUAGUGCAGAUGCGGUCGCAGCAUCAGAGACAACAAAUGCGGUGGCAGGUGCAGCAGCAGCAAACGCAGCAGCAGCAACUGCGGCUGUUGCUGCUGCAAGAGCUCCACGAACUGCAGUAUCGGCAGCAAAAAGUGUAGCAGCAGCCAACUCCCAGAAGCGAGAAACGUCUGCGUCCAGUUGUGGAGCAGCAGCAGCAGCAGCAGCAGCAGCGGCAGCAACAGCAGCAGCAGCAGAAGACACAAAAGCUGCUGCUGCUGCUGCACCAAUUGCAGCAGCAGAGCCGUGGGGCUGCCGAGCCGAAGACACUUUUGUAGCGGAGGCGCAAAUCGAUGAUAUCGCAAAACUCUUCAUACGACGCGACGGAGUGCCUCGGAACAAAGCGGGAGAAGAAAUUGAGGCAGAGAAAAACGCAAGAGGAGGCGAAGGGGCCGUCAGUGCAUCAGAAGCAGCAGCAGCAGCAGCAGGAGAAGCAGCAGCAGCACCAGCAGCAGCGGCAGCAGCAGGAGACAGCGAGGCUGCUGCUGCUGGUUCUGUUGUUUGGCCUCCUCGCCUUUUCGCUGUCUCUUCAGCAACGGGAGAAGCAGAGGAGUUAAUAACGCUGCAGCAGUUUGCUGCCUUGCAGCAAGCUACAGAAGGAGACAGCAAUUCAUAUUGGGAGGCGUAUUCAAAGUGCGAAGGAUAUAACGAGUUCCGUUUGGAAGAAGAAGCAUUAUCUUUGUGGGAGAGACUUCAAUCAAAAGAAGAUGAAGAUGCAGCCAAAGAGCCCGAAGCCCUGACCACCGUUCGGGAGUUUCGGGUGUUUCCUGCUGCGGGGCCCCAAGAGAUGCGGCGCAUAGAGCGGGGGUUUGCUGCUUAUUUAACCUGCGAAGCAGCAGCAGGAAGGCCUGUGCAGCUGCUGCACAACGGAGACAAAAGGAGACACCCAGAAGGCGGAAGUGUAUUUUCUUCUCGGUCUUCUGUUGCUGCUCGGGGCUCUCUUGCUGCUGCAGCACCAACCCGCAUGCAGCAGGAACUCAACGCAAUCCUUUACAGACGCGCAGCAAUUCAAAAGCUGCAGAGCCUAGAAGCCCAUAGCAGCAGCAGCAGCAGCAACAGCAGCAGUAGCACCAGCAGCAAUCGCAGCUGCAGCAACAGUAAUAGCAGCGAUAGAACCACUAGCAGCAGCAGGAAUAGCAGCAGCAACAACAAUACCAGCAACGCCAGCAGCAAUAGCAGCAACAACAAUAGCAGUAGCAACAACAGUAACGGCAACAAGAACAAUAGCCGCAAUAACAGUAACAGCAGCAGCAGCAGCAGCAGCAGCAACAGCAACAGCAGCAUUUGUCCCUGGCAGCAACCCACUGACAGCCCCUCUACACAGCAGCAGCAGCAGCAGCAACAGCAACAGCAUGAACAGCAACAGCAACAGCAGCAGCAGGAGCUGCAGAAGCGUCGAGCAGCAGCCUCCAGCAACGCUGUUGCUGCAGCAGCUGCAAGGGCUGCCUGCGCCCGCAGAAGAGCAGCAGCUGCAGCAGAAGCAGCAGAAGCAGAUGCAGCAGCAGCAGCAGCAGCAGCAGCAGCAAGGAAACAACAAACCCCCGACCUCUGGGAAACUAAAAAUCUACACUCAGCCACACAGCUCCCCCAGCAGCCCGCUGCAGCUACAGCAGCAGCAGCAGCAGCAGCAACACCAACAACAACAGCAACGACACCAACAAGCACAACAGCAGCAGCAGCAAAAGCUGCUGCUGCACUUGGAGAGGCCCUUGCAGUAGCGGCAUCUCGCGCUCUCUCACAAACCCCUACAGAAGAAGGUCGCCGUGUCAGAGCAGGCGAAUCGAAGUGGAGUUGCUUGGGGCCCUUCAGCAGACGCGAAGAACCUCCUCAGCACUUUCCCUCACCCAGGCAGCAGCAGCAGCAGCAGCAGCAACAGCAACAGCAACAGCAGCAACAGCAGCAGCAACCACAGCAGCAGCAACUGCAAGGGGAAGUUCUGGCAGCUCAGCAAACCAACUCGGCGUUUAAAAGCUCAAAGUCGGCUGCAAUCGCAACAAAAGCUGAUGCUGAGAGCUGGGGUUGCUGCGAUGCCUUGGAGGUGAGGCCCCCUGCUGUGGAUUUCGGGUUCGUCUCCGCUGGCAGCUGCUGCUGCAGGGAGGUGUCUGUGAGGCUGCUGCUGCCCCGCAGCAGCAGAUUUAAAGCAGAAAUACAAGAAGUUGCUGCUGGCCUUCAGUGGCGGUGCAAGUUGCUGCUGCGCCUUCCCUCUGAGUUAGCAGCAGCAGCUGAGGGUGGAGACCGCAGCAUUUCUGCUGUCCUCGCUGUCUCUACUGAACGCGAAAGCAUCUUAGUGCGAAUUCAAGCACAAGUUGCGGAAACUGCUGCUGCUGCUGGCGCUGCUGCAGCAGCAGCAGCAGCUGCUGCUGCUGCUGCGGGUUCAGAUGCUGCUGCUGCUCCUGCUGGUCCCACAGGCGCAGCAGCAAAAAUUGACGCAGCCUGUGCCGAUGCUGCUGCUCCUGGUGGUGGUGGUGCUGCUGCUGCUGCAACUGAUCCCACAGGAGCAGCAGAAGCAGCAGCAAAUCGAUGCUCGGAGCCGCUUAUAGAAUAA